AUGGGAGCUUGCGCCACCAAGAACCAGGUUCUCCACAAGAAAAGUGGCAGCUUUUGUCAAGAUGGACCUGCGGGCAAGCGAAGGAAGCACGAUCGACAGCAAGAUCUUCCAACCAUGUUGAAUGGAGUGUCGGGUACUCGGAGCACAUCUCAUGACGCGCUGUCUCGUGCGCAGCUGAUCCUGAACCACUCGGGGGAUGUGCGGGACAUCUACAAAAUCGAGGCAAGAAAGCUUGGUGAAGGAACCUACGGUUCCGUUUCCAGCGCCGUGCACAAGCAGACUGGUGUGGUUCGUGCCAUCAAGACUAUGUCCAAGGGGCAGAUGAAGAACGUGGCUCGCUUCAAGCAAGAGGUCGCCAUCAUGAAGGUCAUGGAUCACCCGAACAUCAUCAAACUCUUCGAGACCUUCGAAGAUCGAAGACACAUCUACCUGGUGAUGGAGCUCUGCUCGGGGGGAGAACUCUUCGACCGGAUCAUCGAGGCCGGCCACUUCAGGGAAUCCGACGGCGCCAUUGUGGCGUCCCACAUCCUGCAUGCUAUCUUCUACAUGCACAAGAUGGAUGUCUGCCAUAGAGAUCUGAAGCCGGAAAACUUCCUGUUCCUGACCAAGGACUCGAUCGACAAGAAUAUCCUCAAGCUGAUAGACUUUGGGCUCUCCAGCCCCGCCUCCGAUGGGAAGGUCAUGUCCACGAAGGCCGGGACGCCGUACUACGUGGCGCCGCAGGUGCUGCAGGGGAAGUACGACAAAUCCUGUGACUUGUGGAGCUGCGGGGUGAUCAUGUAUACCAUGCUCUGUGGAUAUCCUCCCUUCUACGGGAAGACGGACCACGAGGUGCUUCACAAGGUGAAGUCUGGCAACUUUACCUUCGAUCAGAAGGAUUGGAAGAAUGUCUCAGACGAUGCGAAGGCACUGAUAAGGAUGCUGAUCAAGUUUGAUCCAGCUGAGCGCUACACGGCUGAGCAGGCACUGCAGCACGAGUGGAUCAGGUGCCGGGCACCGCGAUCAACCACAGCAUCACUGCAGGCCGGUAUUGUGGACAACCUUCGUGCCUUCCAGAACCAGCACAAGAUGAAGAAGGCCGCCUUGCAGAUCAUCGCAGGCCAGCUCAGCGAGGAGAAGAUCAAGGCCCUGCGGGAGAUUUUUGUGGCACUGGACGCCAACGGCGACGGCUGCCUCGCGGCAGAUGAACUUAGGGAUGGGAUGGCCAAGGCUUCCUUGGGCGAACUGAUGUCCAAGGUGGACCUCGACGCCAUCAUCGAAGGCGUGGACGCAGAUGGCAGCGGCAUGAUCGACUAUACAGAAUUCCUGGCUGCUACGCUUGACCGGAAGUGUUACUUGCAGGAGGAUGUUUGCUACAAUGCCUUCAGUGUCUUCGACCAAGACGGAGACGGCCAGAUCACUUUGGAGGAGCUGAAGACGAUCCUUGACAACGGCAACAUGGACGAGGCCCUGGGAAGCAAAACCUCGGAGGAUAUUCUCAAGGCCGUGGAUGCCAAUGGCGACGGCUCCAUAGACUUCCAGGAGUUCAUGGACAUGAUGCGUGGUGACAAAGCUCCCGCUUUGGAUAUCAAGGCAGUUCCCACGCAGGCUCUCUGA